AUGAGUGGGAAGAUGUUGACUGGGGAGGACAGAGCUGGAAACAUCAAACGCAGCUCUGCCAGCCCGACCCCACCCCGGUGGCCCCCAGAUUCUGAGAAAGUUCCCGUGCGGCCCCUCUCCCCUCCUCCUCCAGCCCCGCUGAACAGGGUGUGGAGCCAGCUCCAGGGGGAGGGGAAGCAGCGAGGCUGGGAGAAUCCACCCUGCAUUCCUGCUCCGGACCGCAGAGUCCGCAGCUCCCCGGGGGGGACCCCGUCAGCCGAAGCUCUGUCAUCCGCUGUCGACAACGAAGAGAAGGUCUCCAAAGCCUCCGGCUUCCCCCCGCUGCCCCUGGGCUGCUGUGACCCCCUGGACGAACAGCCCGAACUGCUGGCCUCCCCGGCCCCCCGCCUGCCUCCCGGCCCCCCGGACCCCAUGGAGUUGUCCAAGAGUAAGAGCAAGAAACGUCGGAACCGCACCACGUUCAGCACUUUCCAGCUGGAGGAGCUGGAGAAAGUCUUCCAGAAGACCCACUACCCUGAUGUCUAUGCCCGGGAGCAGCUAGCCCUCCACACCGACCUCACCGAGGCCCGGGUACAGGUCUGGUUCCAGAACCGCAGAGCCAAGUGGCGGAAGCGGGAGCGUUAUGGGAAGAUCCAGGAGGCGAGAAAUCCCUUCCCUACCGCCUACGACAUCUCUGUAAUGCCCAGGGCGGAUAGCUAUCCUCAGCUGCAGAACAAUCUAUGGCCCAGUCCAGGGUCUGGGAGUACUGGGGGUCCGGGGGGCCCUGGCCUCAUGCCCCACGAUGGGGUCCCUUCCCCCUGCUUGUCCCCAUACUCCUAUACCCACGGGAACAUGGCUGGCUUCGUGGGGGUCCCGGCCUCCCCAGGCCCCCACCCGGGGAUUAACGGUCUCUAUUCGCUCCAUGGCUUCCCUCCUGCCCUGGGGGGCCACAGCUUCGAGCCCACCCCUGAGGGGGAGUACAAGCCUCCUGGCCUGGUCACGCUGCGCAUGAAGCCUAAGGAGCCCCCCAACCUGCUCAAUUGGACCACGUGA